UCCCCGGGCCUGCCCCGGCUCGUCCUCUUCCAACCCCCAGCGGGGCGCGUGGUCGACUUGCGGGGAGCUCUACUGCUGCCCGGGAGUGGGCAGGGGUGCCCGGCGACGGGAUGGGGAGAGGGGGUACGGGGCAGGCCUGAGUCUGGGAGGAGGGCUGCGGGCCGGGGUCUCGGGGACCGAACGUUUCCCAGGUUUCCCGCGGGGAGAGCGGAGCGGUCUGGGUCCCCUCCGGUCCCGGAUCCCUGCCUCCAUCCCGGAGGACAAGCCCGUGGCGGCCAGGCUCUGCGGAGGUUGCUGCCUCCCCAGCCCUUUCUCACUUCUCGGACACGGGCGCUCGCGAUUUACUCGCUUUAUUGCUCCCUUUUCCCCUGCGAGCGCCCAGGGCAGCAGAGGGACCGACCGAUCUCCUCUAGAGCCCGCGACUCCCCUGCCCGCCCCACCCCACCGUCCCGGCCGAUCCGCCCGUGCGCUCGCGCGCUCGCUGGCUUUGCGGCGGGGCCGGAGCCCUCGCGUGGUGGGAACAACCAGUGGGCAGCGGAAAGCAAAGGCGGCCGGGCGGGGACGCUCGGUUUUCCGAGCCCCACUUUCCUUUCGCCGCCCACUGGGAUGUGUAGUUCUUCCUCUCGCCCACUGGCUCCGAGAGGAAAUACGAUUUGGGGACCAAAAAACUACAAAUCCCUGCAUCCCCCGCGACGAAAGCGGGAGAGGCGCGGUGCGGGGCGUUCUGGUGCUCGGAGACUGGAGAUGCGAACUAACAAAGGGAAUGGUUGGGGGCGGCUGUGGCCCCGGGCUGGGUACUUUACACGUUACACACGUUCUUUAUCUGAUCUUUGCUGCAACGCUGCGAGGCACUACUGUGUGCAGUUUAGAGAACGCUCUACUUGCCAGAGAUCUCAGAGUGCCCCUGUGGUGGAGAUGAGAUUGAACCCAGAGCCCUGAGAAUUUCCUUUUUAAAAAGCGCUGCCUCGGUAAGCCUUGUCAAAGGCAGAAAAGAACUGGGUGGGAUCAGUUGGAAAGAACUUCCUGCAGUAAGGGAAAAGUGGUAAGGAUGGCAAUUAUAGUGGGACAUGAAGUCAUAAGGAGUUAUGGAAAAAGUGGAAUUCACAAGGGUCCAUUCCAGAGCAGGUUAGGGGUAUGGGUCCUACGAUCAGAAUCGGGAUUCAGUGAUUUUAGGUUUUGUAUGAUCUAUGAGCGUAUGAUAGGAACAAUUAAGUACUUUGUGACUGCAGUAUUUAAAAAUGACAAAGACAACAACUAGCAAAGCUUAGACAUUUCAAGUGAAAGGUCUCAUAUGCUUACCUAUUCUUUAGCUCAUGGGAUCAAGGGGAUGUUAUUCUUACUCAAUGUAUAGAACAUACCUUUUCUCCCUGUGUCCAAUUAGUAUACUAGCUCCAUCAACUAUCUGGCUUUAAAAAGACUUCUAUCUUGGUUCUCAGUGAAGUCUUAGUUUUUCUGGUAUCACUGUUGUACUUUUAAAAAGUCCUUCUCUGUUAGAGACACUAAAGUAUUUGCAAGUGCUUUAAAAUACUCCAGCCCAUCCAUCUCCAAAACCAUGACCAUAUUGAUGAAACAAUACUGGCAACCUAUGGAAAAUUGUUACAUUGGGUGGUACAUGUGAAUUAGUAAUGUAUUGUUGCAAAUUAUCACAAAUUAAGAAACUCAAUAACAGUUUAAUAUCUCACACUUUUUAUGGAUCAGGUGUCCAGGGACGCAGGGUCCUCUGCUUCGGGUCUUAACCUACCAUCAAGGUGUUGACAAGGCUGUGUUUUAUCUGGGGGCUCAGCUAGGAAAGUGUCAGCUUCCUCACUCAGGGCCUGGCAGAUUUCAUUUCCUUGCAGCUGUAGGAUGGAAGACCCUGGCUUUUUCUGGCUGUCCACUGGAGACUGCUGUCAGCUCCUGGAGGGCGCCUGGAGUUCAUUGUCAUGUGCCCUUUCCUAACAUGGCCACUGACUUCAUCAAGCCAGCAUGGAGAGUCCCCAGACCUAGAAUCCAAAAAAGAUUUCAGAACUGCUAGCCCACACCACCAAGAAAAGCAAACCAACAAUCUAGAUUAAGUAAUUAUUUACAGCUCUUUCUUUUUUAUUUUAGAUAAAAUAAAUAAGUAAACAAAUAAAUAAAGAUGGGACAUCUUUGCAUUGUUUUUAACCUUAGGAGAAAGCAUCAAAUAUUUCAUUGAGAGGUUUCCUUCUAUUUCUGGUUUGAUGAGUUUAUACAUACA